UUCAUUAUUUUUUAAAAUUAAGUCAUUUAAAAAUGUUUUCAAAAUCCUUCUUGUUGAUCUUCUUCAUGACAAUUAAAUUAGCCUAUUCAAUGUUGAGAGGUCCAAUGCCACAAACAAAAGAAACUGAGGGUAGACCACAAUUUUGGUCUUUUAAUCAACAACAUCCUCCUUUAAUUACUACAACAACGGAAAAACCAAAGUAA